AUGAACCUCAGUGAUUACCAAGUUGGUGAUAAUGUUUAAAUUAACUCAGAAGAGCACAAAAAGAAAGUAGUUGGUUGCAUAGAAGAAAUAGAUGAAAGUGACAGAACAUUCACUUAUGGUCUUUAUGUGUAUAGCAAAGAUAUCCCAUUGAAGUAAUACUACCAUGGUAACUUCGAGCUUUUCAAAACAAGCAGUACAUUCAGCGAUAAGUUGGAAAACAUUGAUAGAUGUGUAGAGGUGCUCAAAUUCAAGGAUUAUGUCAUGAGGGAAUAGCCCACUCAAGAGAGACCUUUCUAUGUCAUUAGACAGUAUUAUGAUAUGCAAGAGAAUACCUUAACUCCAGAAGAAUUAAAACCUUGCAUUUGCGAUAAAGUUGUCAAUCCUGAUGAAAAUAUCGUCAUGUGCUUUAAUUGCAAUGAUCUAUUUUAUCAUGAUUUUUGUCUCUAGAUGGGCGCUAAAUGUCAAGGUUGUUCAAGCUUGCUUAAAGAUGAAACUCUUCUAGGAAAGAGAAGUUCAGUUUCAAGUUUGAAUCAACCAGACAUUCCAACUCUAUAGCAAUCAAAGUCAAACGUGAGUUAAAAAAUAGAUGUUGAAGAUGACCUUAAUGAAGAGAUGGAACCUACGAAGUUGAAACUUGAUACAUCUUAAGUCAAGGAGUUUUUUUUAAAAGCAAAAAGAGAAGCUGAAGCUAAAAAAAAAUAGGAGGAGCUUAAAAAAUAACAAUUAAAAUAGUAAAAAUUAUAGAAUGAGAACAAAAUAAAUUAAGCAAAAAAAGAAAAUAAUUUAUAAAAAAAAGAAUCUAGCUCCGCUCUUGAAUUCUCAAAUUUAGGUGCGACUUAAAAUGAAAAGAUUUAAAGCUUAGUGAACAGAUAUAAGAAAUUUAACCCUAUUGGUAACUCAACUGGUCCUGAAAAGAAACGCAUGGAAGUACGUGAGAAGUUUUUUGAAUAUUUAAUUUAUGGACUUAUAGAAUUUGAAGAAAAUGAGAGCAUUUUAAAUGAAGAAGAAAAAAAAAUUUUAUUAUAAGAUUCCUAUGAAAUUGCAAGAAAGUUGGCAGUAGAAAUAGAAUCCAACUUAUUCAACAUUAAUAACUCUCAUAACAAAUAUGCUUUAAAGGAACAAUAUAAAAAUAGAUGUAAGAUUUUAUUCGUGCACUUAAAGGAUCCCUAAAAUUUUAAUUUUAGAAGAAAAAUUUUAAACAAAUAAAUGAAACCAAUACAACUUUGCACAAUUAACGAAUAAGAAAUGUUUAACCCAUUUAAGCUUCAAGAAAUUGAAAAUUAAAAAAUAAAGUUGUUAAAUAGAGAUACCAUUGAUUUGUCUGACAAAAUUAUAAUAUUUAAAACCAAUAAAGGAGAAUAAAUUGUUAAUUAUAGUGAUAAUAAGGAUCAAAUUGAGCUAGAAGAGCAAAAACUUCAAGGAGAAUCUAACUUGAUUUUAAACAAUACUUCUGUUGUUAAAUCAAUUAAUGGAAAUAAUAACAAUCUUCAUCUUAGCAAUAACUUAAAUAUACCUGAUAGCAUGGAAAUUCAAAGUAAUGAUUAGUUGGUCAGUGAAAGCAGCUGUGAAUUAAAAACAAUUAGAAACCCCUUUUUUGAUCAAACACUAGUUGACUCUCUUUCUAACUUAGUUGGACAAUCCGCUUUGAAAAAAAUACAAGACCGUCUCUAUGCUGAUCUACCUGAAAAAGAAGCUAAGUACUUAGCUGAUAGAUUAGUAUCUUGA